CUUCCGUUUCUAUUUUUUUUUAAAAAAAAAAAAACAUAAAUGUUUGUUUGUUGUUCACAAUUGUUUGUUUUCUUAUUUUGCCAUUUUUCGUUUUGUUAUACCCAUCAUAUGAACAAGAUUGACGAUGAUUCCAAUAACACAUGCAUGAGAAAUUCCUAUGAUAAUUAACUGAUAAUUACACAACAAAACAAACAUCAAGCUCACAUAUUGCAUUACAAACCCAACAUUUCCACUCUUUACCACCUAAUUAACAAUAUAAUUGUUAUGCUGUUUCUUCUUUCUAUUUUUUUGUGUUUAAAUAUUGCUAUUAUGUCAUAUUCACAACCCUUAUUGUUGUUAACUCAAUUAUUCAAUAUUUCUCUUUACCCUCCUCAUUUUAUUUCUUCUUGAUUCCUUGCAUUUAUUUUGUAUAUCAUGGGUUGUGGCAUCUCAACCAUGAAUGGAAAUGAUACAUCUCCUGGCCGACAUCAUUUUAAGGGUCGGUUUCGUCAUCAAAAUAUUAUUGUUUCACCCAUUGCGAAAAACAAUGACAACAUGUAUAAUUAUGAAACUAUUAAAGAUGAUGAUGAUGAUGAUGAUGGAAAUCAUGAAGCAAUAAUGAGGGAGGAAGGGUUCAAUGGUAAUAGAUUGAAAGGCAGAAAAAUUAUGGAAGAUAGAAGUGAUCAAGAGGAAAGGAAUGAAAGAAAACAAGAAAAAUUAAAGGAGGAUAAUGCUAGCAAUAAUAAAAACAACAUUGGUACAAAUUAUGAAGAGGGGGAGAAUAAUUAUAAGAAUAGGGAUGAGUGGUUUAUUGGACCUGGAUCACCAAGUUUUAGGGAAUAUUGUAAUGAUUAUGAUACUGGGUAUAGAAGCUCUAUAGGAGAUUCCAAUGAUUAUCCUCAAUCUGGAGAAAGCACAAAGAAUAGUAGUGAUGAAGAUUCAACAAAACCAGUAAAUGGUCGUUCUAAAGAGCAAGAAGCUGAGAAGAAAGAGAGAAAAGGGCGAGGGGGAUUUAGGAAUGCUAUGCAUAAAGGGAAGGGAAGAGGAGGCAAGAGAAAUAUUUUAAAUUUUGGUUGCUAUAACUCUAACACUCAAUCCUAUGCAGAAGACUCUUUCAACAAAGUUGUAGAAAAAACUACAUGAAAACAAGAGAUCUUUACCUAAUCUAGACACUUCAAUUUGGUUAUUGAUUAAGUUUAGAAGAAAAAUACAAAAUUAUUAUUGAUGGUUGAAUUUAUAUUUAGAAGAUUUAAUGAAAUUUUGAAUUUAUUGUUAAAAUUAA